CAAGCAUUAAAUAAAGUCAACUUAUUGAUUGUCAUAAAUUUCAUCUCCUUCAGAAGUCAUAUCGUUCACGGGCACUACAUCAAAGCGGAGAUGAAUCUCAUCACAAGGCAAAUCGCACUUUGAGAAAUUUCUGAAUCAUUCGUCUGGUUCGCCGAAGAAGCUCUGCAGCAUGUAGCAAACAGUACUCAAGCCGCUUCAUAUAAAUGGAUAAACCAGGAGUGGAAUGAAUAUGGAGUUUGUUACCCUCAUUAUAAAGGAACUAUCUUCUUCUUUACAAGAGAAAGCAAAAGAGCAUCUCAAGCAAAUAUUAGAGGAACAAUUUGUGAGCUUUUUCCAGUAUGAAUAUGAAGCAGAGAAGCUAAAGAAUUCAAUCCAGGUCCUGCGGGGUAGAAAAGAGACAGUACAACGUCGCAUUGAAGAUGAAAUACGACAUGGCAAGGAUAUCGCAGAGAAUGUUUCAAAAUGGUUGGAAGAAGUGGAAGACUUACUCACUAAAAAUGACGAGUUCUUGAACGACAAAGAUCGCUUACGUGCAGUGUGUUCAUUCAAAGAAGGCAUUUUGACUUUACCUAAACCUGGAAUAAGGCAUCGUUUAGGUAGAACAGCUUAUAGCUUGGCAAGGAAAGUGGACAAUACUCUUACCAAAGCUUCCUUCUCUGAUGGACUUACUUCUGGGUUGCGUCCCAUAGCGAUAGAUUUCAUUUUCUUAGAAGUUGAUUUUGAAAGCUUUGACUCGAGAAAUGUGGUCACGGACAAAAUUACAAAGGUGUUGAGAGAUUCUACCAAUAGUAUGAUUGGGAUUUAUGGAUUGGGAGGGAUUGGUAAAACCACUUUGGUUUGGAAGGCGGUUAGGGAUGCUCGAGAUGAUAGUCUGUUUGAUGUGGUUGUCUUUGCGAGUGUGACAAGAAACCCAGAUAUAAGGAAAAUUCAAGGCCAACUAGCUGAUCAAUUGGGUACGAGAUUAGAUGACGAAACUGAGAUUGGAAGAGCAAGUCGUUUAAGAUAUAUCUUUAAGAUGGAAAAGAGGAAUACUCUUGUGAUCCUUGAUGAUUUAUGGGCUGAAUUGGAUUUGAACAUGUUGGGGAUACCUGUAGAUGAUAUCAUUCCAAGGUCAAAUUCUACUAAAGAUAAUUUUAAGAAAACAAACUCUAUAGCAGGUAAUAGGGUUAUGAAUGAACAAACAGCAAACAAAUCAGUGAGUGAUAAAGCCACAAGUGGUAGUGGUGUCCCAAAAAAGAAGGAAGUGGUAAAAAUGUUCAAAGUUUUACUGACUUCAAGAAGUAAAAAGGUGUUGUCAGAUAAAAUGGAUGUGAAAGAAAACUCAAAUUUCCUCAUAGAAGGCUUGCAGGAUGAGGAGGCAGAGAAGUUGCUGAGAAAGGUGGCUAGAGUUGCUAAUAAAAGUCUCAAGUUUGGACCACUAGCAACAAAAAUUUCUAACAAGUGUGGUGGGUUACCCAUAGCAGUUGUCACAAUUGGAAGGACACUGAGAAACAAGAACUACUUGGAGUGGAAGGACACACUUGGACAGCUUGAAAGGAAAGAAUUUACUGAGGUGGCUGAAUCCGUGGAGUUCUCAACAAAAUUAAGCUUUCAUCAUCUAGAGAAUGAAAAGCUCAAGUCUACUUUCUUGCUGUGUGCUCAAUUGGGUCAUCAUCCCCAAAUUAUGGACCUGGUGAAGUACUACAUUGGUUUGGGCAUAUUUGAAAUGUUCCUCACGAUUAAGGAAGCUCGUGCAAGAGUAUUCAAAUUGAUCGAAAAGCUUAAAGACUCAAGUUUGUUAUUGAACAGUUAUUCUAUUGAUCGCUUCAACAUGCAUGACAUGAUUCUUGAGGUUGCCCUAUCAAUAUCAUCAAAGGAGCGGCAUUCAUUUACCAUGCAAAAAGGAGAGCUACAUGAGUGGCCUCAUAAAAAUGAAUUUAAAAUGCAUAGUGCUAUAUCUAUACAAAACUAUCAUAUCAAAGAUAAGCUUCCAGAUUCUGUAAGUUGUCUUAAACUCAACAUUUUUCAUAUAGAAAGUCUUGAUACUUUGUUCAGCAUACCAUCAAGAUUUUUUAGUGGAAUGAGGGAACUCAAAGCAUUGAUAUUGACUAGCAUUGAUUUGUCAAAGUUUCCUACUUCAAUCAAAUACUUGAAAAAUUUGAGAAUGCUUUGUUUAGAGCAAUGCAUGUUAGUUGACAUAUCCUUUGUGGUAGACCUGGAGAAAUAAGGAUUUUAUGCCUUUCAGGAUCUAAAUUUGAACAUUUACCAUCUAAAUUAGGCCAAUUAUGUAAGUUGCAAUUGCUUGACAUUAGUAAUUGCUUUAAACUUAAAAGGAUUCCACCUAAAGUGUUGUCAAGUUUGAAUAAUUUGGAAGAACUAUAUAUAAGAAAUAAUGUGAGGUGGGAGAGCAAUGAAAAUGAAAGUGGAAAUGCUAUUCUUGCAGAGUUAAGGCACUUGUAUCAAUUGAAAAAUCUGGAUAUAUGCAUACCAAGUGUCAAAGUUUGGCCAAAGAACUUGAUCCUUAGAAACUUAGAUAGAUACAAGAUUGUCAUUGGAGAUGCUGAGACACUUCUUCCGAGAGAAUUCAAGAUGCCAGGUCUUUAUGUAGGGAUGAAACUAUGUCUUGGGAAUCAAUUAUACUUAAAUCAAAUAUUAAUUUAAUAAACAUUUUAAGUAAGUUAAUUUGUAAUAUUUAUUAAUUAUUAUUAAAUGUAACAUUUUUUAUCUUUGAUUUCGUUUCUUCAGAUAAGGAUGAAGUAUCAAGAGUUUUGGCACUACAGAUAAAAGAAAACAAACUUAUUCACUCUCGAAAAGGUAUUAAGAUGUUGUUUAGAGGAGUAGAAAAAAUGUUAUUGGGGGAGUUGAAUGGUGUUCAAGAUAUGUUUUAUGAGUUGAAUUUGGAAGGAUUUCCAUGCUUGAAACAAUUGGCCAUCGUAAAGAAUUCAGACAUGAAAUACAUAAUCAAUUUCAAGGAUGAACUGCCAGAUCCUGAAGAUGCUUUCCCAAACCUAGAAUCACUUUAUCUCAAAGAGUCAAAGAAAAUGAAGAGAAUAAUCUCCAAUAAACUUAGUAUGCUUUCAAGCACAUCAUUUUCAAAUCUAAAAGUUGUCAAGAUUGAGAGUUGUGCUAAGUUAAAAAGUAUCUUCUCCUUUUCCAUGGUUAAGCUCCUCAGUAAUCUAGAAACAAUUGAUGUUUCUAAUUGUGAUGCUAUGAAGAAUAUUGUGCAUAAGAAACAAAAAUUUGGGGGUGAUGUUAAUGUAAAAUUCCCCAAAUUAUGCUCUUUGGCACUGCAAAAUUUGUUAAAAUUUUUUGGAGUCUACUUCGAUGAUGAGGCUGGAAGUGGAAGUAAUGAGAUAUAUCUUUUCAAUAAAGAGGAUGAAGUUCCCAACUUAGAGAGCUUAAAGCUAUCUACAAUCAACAUACACAGGAUAUGUAACUCCAGCAGGUCAAAACCCUUUGACAAGUUAAUGAAACUGAAUGUUAAAAAUUGCAAGGAAAUAAAAUAUUUAUUAUCAUCUUCCAUGACUACUAGUUUGCAAAAUCUCAAAAGCAUGUCUGUAUGUGGAUGUAAGAAGAUGGAGGGAAUAUUUGAAAAUGAAGCAGGGGUAAGUAUAUAGGCCACAAUCAAUUGUAUUUUUUAUGCUUGAGGUUUUCUUUUAUAAAUUUGAUAGAUUAUUAGCCAUUAAGAUAUUAAAUUUAUUUUCUGAUAUGCUUAAUUUAUACCUCAGAAAGUUCCUGUAUUUCUUAUGUUAGAGGAAAUCCAUCUUACCGAGAUGGACAAUUUAAAGAGUAUAUGGUCUAAAGAAGUUAGUUGAGAUUCCUUUCCUCGUCUAAAUUCUGUGUUUCUUGAGCAAUACAAAGUGCUUAAAGAAGUUUUUCCUAAACACAUGGCGUUAAGAUAUGAUAGGCUAGAGAGCUUGAAGAUUGUCCAUUGUAAUAAGCUCCAAGUCAUCUUUGAUUUGCAAGGCAUAGCAGAAUCUGUUAAAUAUGAAUCUUGCUUGAAGGUUCUUCAAAUACAGCAUCUUGAAGAGCUUCAGUUUGUAUGGAAGAUAGACCCUAAUAAAUGUGAUAACUUGAAUUUCAAGAGGUUGCAUAAUAUCGAGGUUAUUAAAUGUGAUGAGUUGAAAUACUUAUUUCCAGUUUCAAUAGCUAAAGAUCUUCAACAAUUGGAUUCCCUCACUGUUUUUGAUUGUGCUUGUAUCCAAGUAAUUGUAGGCAAUCCAUGGAAUGAUGAAUCAAGUCAAAACGGUAUUCCAUUUAAGUUUCUUAAACUAACCUAUAUGGCAAUGGAUUACCUCCCAGAACUGAAGAGUUUUUGUAAGGGGAGAUAUAGUUUAGAGUGGCCAAAUUUGAAAAAGCUAUCAGUGAAAUGUUGUGAUAAUCUGGAAGCAUUACGCAUAAAAUUACAAGGAGACUCAAUCUUCUUGCCUGAAGAGAUGAUCUCUAACUUAGAAUAUAUGGCAAUAAGCGAGGAUGAAGCGAAGAGGCUACUAAAUCACUUCAAAAGUUAUCGUAUGAACCAUAUGAAAGAAUUUGCAUUGGUUUCAUGUUCUUCAGCUGAUAUUCUCUAUCAGUUUCUCAACAGAAUGCCUUGUGUUGAAAGGCUCACAUUGCAUGACUGUGACAUGGAAGAAUUAAGUGUAAACCUUGAGACACAAGAAAACAUUGGUACUAUUGUCCAGCUUAAAUCCUUGAGGCUGCACUAUCUGACUUAUCUUAAGGAUAUAGGAUUUGAAAUAGAUCUAGUUCUCCAAUGUUUAGAGAAUUUGAAUAUCAUAGAAUGUCAUACAUUGAUCAAUUUAGCUCCAUCCUCAGUGACUCUCAGUCACUUGACAUCUCUUGAAGUACGUAAAUGCAGAGGAUUGGAAAGCUUGAUGGGAUUUUCAACAGCAAAAAGCAUGGUCCAACUUAUAUCUUUAAAGGUAAUUGAAUGUGAGAGUCUAGAGGAAAUUGUAGCAUAACAGAAUGAUGAAGAAGGAGAAACAAAAGGCAAUCGCAAGAUUGUUUAUUUUAGCAAAUUGAUCACUUUAGAACUAAUGAGUCUACCACAACUCUCUAGUUUCUACAGCAUCCAUGCCUUUAAGUUCCCAUCACUUGAGAAAUUGAUAGUGAAAGAUUGCCCAAAUAUGGCAAAAUUUUGUAAGCAAGUCACAACGACUGCACCAAAUUUACAAGUGCUUAAGGGAGGAGGAGGAGGAGAAGAAGAAGAGAAGAACUGCUAUUGGAAAGGGGACUUGAAUGCUACAAUACUAAAAAUGUUUAUCCUUUCGGUACAAUCUUUGGAACUAUCCAAGUAUCCUGAGAUUAAGAAAUUGUGGUCUAGUAGGGAAAAUCAGCUACUGGACAAGAGCUUUCAAAAUUUGAAAUCCUUAGUGGUCAAGAAUUGUGAAUUUUUAUCAAUUGUAAUUCCGGCAAAUUUGCUUCCUUACUUGGAGAACUUGAAAGAAUUGAAAGUUCGAAGUUGCAACUCAGUGGUGGCCAUAUUUGAUGUGAAAAUUGCCAAGACAAAGCUAGAACCCAAAUGGAAAAAUCUUCAAUUGACUUUAGACAAGCUUCCAAAUAUGAAGCAUAUAUGGAAUGAGAAUCCUCAAGGGAUUUUGUGCUUUGAAAAUCUUCAAUCUGUGUAUGUCACUGAUUGUGAUUGCUUGUAAAUUCUAUUUCCAUUAGCUUCUCUCACAAGAAAUCUUGAAACUCUUGGAAUAAAAAAUUGUGGGGCACUUGUGGAAAUUGUUGGAAAGCAUAAAGCAUCUGAAGAAGGAGGUACUGAAGAGUUUGUGUUGCCAAAUUUAACCAAAUUGACCCUUGGCAUUUUGCCUAAGCUAAAGUAUGUUUGCUUUGGCAGAAUGAAACUACUAUGCCCUAAAUUAAUGAUUCUAAGUGUUUAUCAUUGUGGUGAGUUCAAUAAGUCGCAGAUAUUCACAUUAACAUCCCAAAGCUACAAUGGAACUAAGGAUGAAAUCAGUACUUCAAAUGAUUAUCAAUCCUUACCCACAAAGAAACAGUAUAUCAAGCACGAGAAGGAACUAUUGCUCACUAAGGAAGAUGAAGACAUCUUAGUUCAUAAUGUUGCACAUGCUUCUAAAGGAAUAAAAUGCCUUCGAAUGCAUUGCUUUCACAAUGUCACUGAGCCAAGUGGAUUCUGCUGGGAAUCCUUCACAAGUUACCUAAUAUAUCUGCCCUUAUUGUGGCUUGUAGUGACCUCUAUGAGAUAUUCUCUCCAACACUUAAACUUGGAUUUGAUGAGUUAAGAUUAAUAGAACUGAGGUUAGAGGAUUUGCCUAGCCUUAACUACAUAGGGUUAGAGCACUAUUGCAUGAAUUCACUACUCCAAAGAAAGUUCAAGUACUUACAUGUAAAAAGAUGCCCUAGCUUGACAAAGCUAGUACAAUCUUCAGUAUCCUUUACCUGUCUGCGACGAUUGAUAGUAAUAAAAUGUCAUGGAUUGGAAUAUUUAUUCACAACUAAGACUGCUCAAAGUUUGAAGGAGCUUGGGACGUUAAGCAUCUCGACAUGUGAUUCAAUUGGAAAAAUAGUGGCCCAAGAGGAAGAUGAUGGAAUUGAAGGUAGUAGUUGCAUGGAAAUGAAGUUUGAGAAACUUAAAUUGGUUGUUUUUGAAUCUCUUCCAAGGCUUGUAUGCUUUUACACAGGGCAUUCCACUUUGAAUUUCCCAAUACUUGAUAAAAUGAACAUAGAUGACUGCCCUAAUAUGAAAUUUCUAUCUCAUGGCCUUAUUGAAGUGCCUCAUAUGCGAAAGCGUGACCUUCUAUCUUUCGUUAACAAGCAUGAUUGAUUGGCAGAGAUCAUUUAGCACGUCAUUAAACAGCACCUGUUUCAUGGAUAAAAGGCUGAGACGGAUUCUAGUCAUGCAUUUGGAUGAGGACAAGGAGAAUGAUGACAACUCUUUUUUAAUGCAGUGUUUUUUUUUUUAAUAAAAACCGCGGAAGAAAGAACGAAAAAAGAAAGAAAGAAAGAAAAAAGCAAAAAAAUAAAACUGUGAAGUUUGAUGGGACUGUAUUCUACAUCCCAAUAUCCGGUGUGCUUCCGUUUUUCUUUUUUCUUUUUUUUCCCUCCAAAAAAAUGAAUUCAUGUGUGCUUCGUGUUCAAGGUUGCCUAAGGUCAUUGAAGUUUCUUUACUUGAUUCAUAAUUACCGAUGCCACAUCAUGUGGUAGUUGGUGUUUUUAUUGGGAGAAAACAUUUUGGGGUAUACAUUGAUGAGUGUUCUUUGCUGUUUCGUGAGCAUUACUAAUAUUGUUAAGUAUUACUGGUCUAGUAUUGCACUUUUGUUCAACAUACAUUCUAAUCUUUCAAUAGAUAAAAUAAAAUAGUUGUGUUUA